AUGUCAUCGACAGACGAUCGUAGCAAGAAGAUGCAACAUUGUUCUGUGGGAGUAGGCGGAAACGCUGUUGCAGCAAACUCAGGCUCAGGCUCAGGUUCAGGCUUCGACGCAGAACAGUGUACGGCUGGAGGAGUAAUAGGCUCGACUAGUGGGCGCCGAUCGUUGCGGAAACAACAACGUCGUGGAGUGAAUGCUAUAGCUCGUGCAGAACAUCAUGAUGAGACUCUAGUUGAGAGUAAUAUUUCGAGCGGAGCCGAAGAGGAAGAAGAGAAACAUCAGGAUGAGGCGAAACAAUCACCAAAUAAGUUAGUGCAUACAGCACUGGAGUUAGCGUGGUCACUGUUUGGUCCGAACACGACCGUAGUAAAGACUCUGCAGAUGUCACGAAAUCACAGAAACGGUGGCCAAGAGCCACACUCGCUAUCGUCAGGUGAGAACGCUUCAGAUGUCACGCUUGCAGAAUACGCAUCGCCAAGUGAUGAGGAUUCGGGUUCACUGAAGGAGGACGUAGAAGGUUCGUGCUAUCGGGAACAACGCCACCUGAGGCGUUGCGCGAGUGAUAGCGCUCUGUUCGUGCACAGCAACAGCUACGAAACGGCACUGAAUGGAGCGAUUUCAUCAGCCUAUGGAGUCAAUUUCAGCCAGCUUCAGAAUAACCCGAAUCAGAGCAAAAAUUUUCCAUCUUUAGGGGACAACUUCUGUGGUGCCGGUGAAAGAGCAGCGGAGGAUUCUGGGAUUACGGAUACGGCCGCGAAAAAGAUUGGAAGAGCAGAGGCAGCAGCUGCUCAUGGUGACGCAUUCGCGAAACAGAAGCCGAAUAAGAUCCAUGCUCAGCUAAAGACUGCUACAAACAGUGGGAUUUUGGGAUAUUUCAAAUCCUUUCAGACUGUGAAUUGCCUUUCAGGGUAA